AUGGACGAGCAAAGGGGAGACUCGCCAGACAAAGCCGAACUCGACAAUUCUUUGGAGUCGGCAACCACCGAAAGCACGAGCGAGACGAUCCAGGUAAUCCAACUCAACCCCCAAGCGGUCGAGCGUGAUAUCGGGCCCCUCCAGAUCAUCGCCCUCGGCUUCAAUAUCCCCAAUAGCUGGGCGGGCGUGGCCACCGCAUUUUCAGCCGCCCUCACUGCUGGAGGCCCCGUGUCGCUGAUAUACGGCAACUUUGUCAGUCUCGCAAUGUACGGGUCUGCGGCCGUCACGCUGGCCGAGCUGGCGAGCGUGUAUCCGACGGCGGGCGGACAAUACCACUUUGCGAGUAUCAUGGCGCCUAAGAGGUUCAACCGAUCCAUCUCCUACGUAUGCGGCAUGAUGGCGACUGUUUCAUGGGUGAUUUGCUCAGCCAGCGUGGCGAGCAUCACGAGUCUGUGCAUUGCCUCCAUUGCGGAGUUUUAUGGCGGGUAUAAGGCGAGCAAUUGGCAGUUGUUCCUGGUCUCGCAGGCUUUAAAUCUCUUUGCUCUGGGAUAUAACUUGUUUCUGAUGAAGAGGACGGGGUGGCUUCAUAAUGCUGCUUUCUUCUUGACGCUCUCGACAUUCCUCGUCAUAUGCAUUGUUUGCCUUGUUCGAGGCGACAAGCAGUCUUCAACGUGGGUUUGGACCAACUUUGAGCCGUCUUCAGGGUGGCCGCCGGCGGUAUCCUUCUUCAUUGGUCUGUCCACUCACGCCUACAUGUUUGGGGGCCUCGACUCUGCGCUCCAUCUUGCGGAAGAAACUCUGGAUGCUUCCAGGACCGUGCCCAAGGCGCUCAUGUCGACGAUUGGGCUUGGCUUCUUCUCGGGCUUUGUCUUUUCUGUGGCCAUGACUUACUGCAUUCCCAGCCUGGACAUUUUUGCCAACGAUCCAGUGCCUAUAUACAAACUCUGGCGAAUAGCCAGCAAGUCCGACACCGCUGCUACAGUGUUUCUCGUCAUCGUCAUCGUCAUCUUCACCUUCAUCCUCAUUGCCAUUCAACAAACUACCUCUCGCCUUCUAUGGGCCAUGGCGCGAGACCAGGGUCUAAUCUAUUCCACCCGUUUUGCCAAGCUGUCCCCCAGAUUGGGCGACAUCCCCGUUGCGGCGCUCCUCCUGGAUGCUGGCCUGAUAGCCCUGUGCGGGUGCAUAAGUCUGGGCUCGACGGCGGCCUUCAAUGCUCUUGUUGGCGUCUUCUCCAUGAUGCAGAUGACAUCCUUUGCCAUUCCAGCUGCGCUGCUGAUGUACCGUAGGAGAAGUAAGAAAGUGCUUCCGCGAAAGAGGGCGUUCAAAGUGCCUGAGGCGAUGGGCUGGGCUUGCAACAUUGGGACGGUUGUUGCGGCUGUCAUUGAGACUGUGUUCUUCACGUUUCCGACGGUUCUGCCCGUGACGGGGAGCAACAUGAAUUACGCCGUGGUCGUCUUGGCGGUGAUUGCCAUUGUCAUGGCCCUGAAUUGGGUUCUCUUCGCACGCAAACAUUAUCAGGGUCCUAGAAUUGGAGUUACUUUGUAG